CAGUGUUAAAUAAAUUAAAAUUGUCUUUAUACAUGGCACCAGAUUUGCCAGCAAAGGAAAUAAAUGGUAUAAAUUUAGAAAAUUACUAUCCUAGUCAACGGUCCUGUAACUCAGUGUCUUAUAUUCAUAAGAAAUUCUUCAGCAACACCAAAGAAGCUGUUCCUGAAGUUCCUGAUGUUGGUUCAAAUAUUGAGAAUGGUGAUCUUAAAACCAGAGAAAGCGUGAAGAAAAUAAAACAAAAGAUAUUCAAACAAAAAUCAAACAAAACCAAUAGAGAUAUUGAAGAAACAAGCGUAUGCAAUGACGAAGUUUUAGGUCAGACUAUAAGAUUCGCAAAAAAUAUAGUCCCUAUAGUUAUUCCUCCAAACGCCAACGACAGAUCUCCUGUUUACUACACUAUAAAGACAUCAAGAAAAUCGCGACUGAAGAAUAAUAAGUCUGGGGAUUAUCCUGUCACCCAGGAUUCUAAGACGUACAGAAAACAGCAAGAAAAGAAAGUUAUCGAAACAUUUCGUAAAGAAAAUUACAAAAGUCACACGGAGAGUUUCAGUCAUGAAUCUAUUAGCAGAUCAUCUGUAGAAAAUAUAGUCAUCAGUCAAUCUCUAAACAGUACCGUUUCUGAACUAUCUGAAAGAAAGGUGAGGAAAACGCGUCGCCAUGAAAAAAGAAUGAAUAGUUCUCAUGUUGCCGCAUCUGAGUCUUUGGAGGCCUUAGCCACUGAAAUAUUGCAAACAUCCGGUGAAGCUAAGAUCAAAAUUCAUCUAAUGGAUGACACGGCUAAAGACCUUUUCUAUGAAUCUGUACGUAUACCAGUCAUAGAAGCAAUAAGAGAAUCCGUAGCUGAGAAAUAAUGCAUUCCAAGGACGAAGAAUCUAAAACUGUUCAUAAACAUGUGCAAUAUCAGAACCAGAAGUUAGAUCAUAUUAUAGAUAAACUAGUUUGCAUUGAAAAAAGAUUAGAUGAUGCUGAAGAGAAAGUUAAAAUACGUAAAGCGAGAUGUAAAGCAUCCGCUCUUGAAGAAAUCGGCGAGGAUAUUGCAGAGGAGAAUGAAGAUUCUGAGGAAGAAAUGGCUGCUGUUUGCAAAGCUGAAGAAAAACGGAAAGGCAGGUGCGCUAGUGGUAUAGUUAGACUAAAUCCUUUACAGAAAAUAGAAGAAGUGAGUCCUUGCAGCGGUGACGGGGAAGUAAUGAGUCAUAAGGUACCUCCUACAGUUUUAUCGCGUCCCGAGAAAAUACCCGCUAGAUACUGCUGGACAGAUUCCGCCAACCAAUAAAGUUGGUUGAUAUUAAAAAAGUUUGUUUUUGUGUGAAAUAACAAGUAUAGUUGAUGUCGACAUUCAUCUGGGGCACGCUCGGGCUUUCAAGGGUUGUAAACAGUUUGAAGAAGUACUUUUAUUUGCAGAAUGGUUCUAAUUUGCAUUGCUCAAGGCUGUUGCGGAUAAGUAUACUCGU